UCGUAAGACCCUUUAAAAGACUUGAAAAGCGGGAGUUAACGAUAAAGCCGUGAAAAUCUGAAAACCAAAAACACUAAACAGAGUGAAAGAGAGAGAGAGAGAGAGUGCGCCUUUGUUCUAGAGAGAGAAUGUGAAGAAGAGAGAAAAAUCAAUGGUGGUUUGAUUUCUGCAAACUUAAGGUGUAAGUUUUCUUCAAUUUGAAGGAGGAGAGAGAGAGAAAAAAGAGAGACAAAAAUGACGACGACUACUGGAAUAACAAUCCAUGACCAAAACUUAGAGAAACAAAUUGAGAAACAUAUGGGAGGUUGUAUGGCUGGUUUCUUCAAUAUCUUUGAUCGUUCUCAAAUUAUCUCCGGAAAACGUCUCUAUCCUAAACGUCUUCCUCCUGCUCUUUCUUCUCCGGGAGGAGAUUCAGCAUCGGAGUCAAUCUCAGCCGUCGGAUCUCCGGCGAUAUCGAUGGAAUUCGAGAAGCCGAAGCUACAACCGGAGAUUCGAUCACCAGUACCAGAAACUCCUCCUUCUUCUUCUGUUACUGGUGCUGUAACUGUAAACUCACCUUCAAUGGAGUCGGUGAAAUCGCCAUGGAAGUUCAACCGAGAAGCUCCGAGACUCUCGCUUGAUAGCAGAGCAAUUACUGACGCUAAAGGCGGACUUCGACCGCGAGAGAUCCGAAUCAACACCGUUUCUACCUCCGGCGCAACCGCUGACGACGGAAGAGACAAUCAGCGACAGUCUCCGAGCGUUAUCGCUCGUCUUAUGGGACUCGAGCAGCUGCCGAGCUCUUCUAGUAGCGAGCCGGAGAAGAAGGUUGAGCUUCGUAGAUCGGCGUCGGAGUCGCGAUCAAGAGAUUAUCGGUUUUUUGAUACUCCGAGCUUUCUCUCUCCUGUAACUACUAAAAAUGAAGUUAUUGGAGAGAGAAAAUCUGAUCAAAUAUCUGCCAUAACCAGAAACCAGAAUAACAGCAAUAACGGUUAUGGUUAUGGUUAUAAUUAUGGAGGAAAGAGUAAUAUUCAGAAGGUGAAGAAUCAGAGUAGUAACAAUACUCAGCGAAGAUUAAUGGUGGAAAAAAAGAGCUACUACAACUCUGCGGAUUUUUUUCCGGCAGAACUUCCGGCGAAACAACAACAAGAACAACAUCAAGCGGUGACGAUUUACGGAGAAAUCGAGAGGAGGUUAAGGAUGAGAGGAAUCGAUGAACCUUCCAAAGAUUUGGAAACUCUGAAGCACAUUCUAGAAGCUCUUCAGCUUAAAGGACUUCUACAUUCCUCCACAACUUCCACCACCGCAAAUUAUUCUGGCCGGAGAUUCUCAUCGGAGGAAGAAUCUCCGGUGGUUUUAAUGAGACCAGCAAGAUCUCCGGCGAAUAAUCGCCGGCGAAAUAUGAAUAAUAAUUCUUCCUCCGGCGAUAGUCCAAGGCGAGAGAGACCGGCGAGAAGUCCGAUGAGAUCGCCGGGAAGAGGUGAGAAUCGAACCUCUAGUCCUGUGGUUCGACGAAAAGGCGGUCCAUUAAGCGUCGAAACGCAGAGGAGAAGCAAUGAAACGACAACGACGACGAUGAUGAAUAGUAGCAGUAGUAGUACUAGAGUUUCAUCACAUUCUCCAGUUCAAUCUCCGAAGAUGACGACGACAAGGCGGUGUGAUCAGACGGUGAAUCGAUCACCUCGUAAUCGGAGAUCAACGGUUGAGGUUUGUCAGAAUGAUAGAAUCCUCAGUGGUCCUGCAUUUGCUGAAGAUGAAGCAUCUACUACUAUUUCUGAAAGCAGCUUCAGUACUUCCUCACAUACCGACAAUGAGCAGAGAUGGAGGGGAGAUGAGUACAGAGAUGGAAGAAAUCUACUAGAGAGGUGUGAUAAACUAUUGCACAGUAUAGCGGAAAUAACUGCAAACUCGAACUCAAACUCGGCUGAGUUGCAGCAACCUAGUCCAGUAUCGGUGCUUGACUCAUCUUUUUACAAAGAAGAUGACUCACCUUCGCCUGUAAAGAAACGUACCAUUGAUUUCAAAGAUCAAGUAGUUAUGGACUUAGAAGAUGAACUGUUGUGGAGCCCAUCAUCAAUAAUCCAAUUAUCAAAGCUUGAUCAUGACAUGUAUUCAUCAGACGAUUCAGAAUUCAGCUAUGUUUCAGAGGUACUCAGAGCAUCAAAUUACCUCCCAGAUGACAAUAACUUAUUCCUAUUAUUAGAGAAACAAAGCUCAAUUAGAGGCAGUACUAAAGACAAGUCCAAAGCUUCAAUUCUUCAAAGGAAGCUCAUCUUUGAUACCGUCAACGAAAUCCUCGAUCGAAAUCGAGAAUUACCCCCUUGGAAAACAGUUUUAAUCACGGAUUCAACCUCCGGGAGACCGCCAUUGGAGCAAAUUUGGUCCGAAUUCCAAAAAAUCCGAGAGCGAGGUCCGUCUGAGGACCUCCUCGAGGUCAUAAGUGGGGUGUUGAAGAAAGAUUUAGCCGGAGAUUCAAUAACCGGGUGGGCCGAUUGUCCGAUGGAGAUGUCCGAGGUGGUGCUCGACAUCGAACGAUUGAUAUUCAAGGAUCUCGUCGGCGAAACUAUCCGAGAUCUCGCUACCUUUGCUGGGGAAAGUACGGGACUACAAGCACCUCGUAGGAAGUUAGUUUUUUAAUAGCGCGGGAAAAGAGAAACAUUUGGAAAUAGUGGGAUUGUCACCAACUUUUGGCGCACUUUUUCCGUUUGUUUAUCUCCUUCACUAGCCAAAAAAAGGGACCCCACCAAUUAGGUGUUUAUUAAUUAUUACUAUUUAAUUAGUUUAUUAUUAGGAGUAAUUUUUUUCCACUUAAUUUCUAAGUUUUCGUCGGCCAUGUUUUUUUGUGGUAAUUUUUAUGGAAUUGUGGACUUAGAUUUGAGAAUGUAGGCUCAGCUGAAACCCACGCAAAUCUAACGGUCACUUUUUUUUAUUAUUAUAUAUAAUUUUUUAUCUUUUUAGAAAAAAAAAAGAUGUAAAGCAAUCAAUUAGGAGAUUUUAUUUUUAGUUUUUUAAAAAAAAGUAAAGCAAGUGUGUCAUGUGAAGGGCAUGUGGGUGAGCUGAAAAGGGCAGAUGAUGCUGUCAUGGGUUGUAUGGAAAUAAUAAAACAGAUGUGGAAGCUGAAGAAAAAGAAAAAAAGUGAAAGCCCAAAAUAAAGGUGAAAAACAAGUGGGGGCCCAAUAGUGGAUUAUUGAGGGAUAGCAGAAAGUUUGGUUUUAAUUAAUUGAAAUUCCAUGUGUUUUUUUUUUGUCUCUAAGUAAGAGAGAAUUUGUAAUGAUGACUUUUGUUUUGGUAUAAUGUAGUACUAGUAGUAGACUAGUACUAUAGUUUGUGAUAAAAUUAUGGAAUGGGUCAGCUUAAGUUUUUUA